AUGCUCGAACGAGCAACAGGCUCCCUCGAGAACGCGGGACGGCGUUUCCUUCAAGAUUCCAAUGGCGUGAUCCGAAACAGAAGCUGCCUGUCUGGUCAUUUCUGGAAGUACAAUGGCGCUAGAGCGGAUGCUCCUCAGUGGUUUAUCGCGCUUUUGCAGGCGUCAGGCCAACAAUCGUCCCCCGUUCUUACCACUCAACACGAAAGCAGAGAGUCAAGCGAUAGGAUAGGGCCAUGGCUCGAAUUUUUAUAUCCUCGGCAGGCUCAAACCCUGGUAGCUUCGCGUCUGCCUCGCUCCCAAAACAGGACUGGAUUUCGGAGGAGACCAAACUUGGGCUUUUCAAGAUCUUAUGUUUCCAUUUCAAAUCUUCAAAAAGCUACCCCAAAGACUUCAUCCACCCACAAAUAUGCAUCCAAGCGGGCCCAAGGGUCUCAAGAUCCAGAGUCUUUCGAUAAGGACGGGAAAGCGAGCGCAGCUCUCCAGGCUUUCCUUCAGAAGAAUGGCAGCGAAUUUGAUAAAGCUUGGGUGAUGUACGUCGCAGCUGGAUACCCGUCGAAACUCAAGUCUGCACUCUGUGCUUAUAUGAGUAAAUCAUCCGAAGAAGUGGAACGAAAAAUAGCAUAUACACUCUUCAGCGAAAUUUCGCCCGAAGAUCGCACCGAGUCAGACUUCAAGAACAUUAUAAGAUCACGACUUCUUACCUUGCCCGCUCGAAAACCCUCCCAUUUGGACCAUAUCUGCCAGAAAGCCAUUUCCACGCCAUUUGCUCAAAAUACCAUCUCGCUGUGCCUGAUGCACAUGGUGCAAAACAGACAGUGGGCCAAAAUUACCUCAGUCUGGAGCUCCCUAUUAGAGACCCCUGAAAACGAGCGACCGCCUUUGGACUCUUUGCUGGAUCGACUUGAUCACCUUCACUUUCCUGGGUAUUCUCUUGCCAGGCAUCUCCUUGAUUUAAAGAAGUACUUGCCAAGCGAUUACAACAAUCUUACUCCUGCGGACAAAGACCUUACUCGCCGUCUAUUUGAAAAAUUUGUCAAUUCUGAUAUAGUCAAACUCGCACCGAUACCAACUGUGCUUUCAUUGUUGCGCGACUACCGUCAUUUUGGUUUUUUGACCAGCCGUCACUAUUUUCAUUUGGUCAAUGUCUUCCUACCAUCAAAGCAGAGGUCGGAAUUUGUCAAGUGCAUUCUUGUUUAUCGCCAAUUGCGUUCAGCCUUUCCGGAUACACGGCCAUCUUCAGAAACGAUUCGUUCUAUCAUUCAACGCUUGUUGGAAUUCGAGAUGACCGACAGCUUGCCAUACUUCUUGGACGAAGAGGCGCACGUUAAUGAAUUUAAAAUACCAAGCUUCCAGUCAUAUAAUGACGUCAUGGGUGCCUUUUCUAAAUCCGGGGAUGUACAAACUGUCAAACACCUGUUCGAUAGGUUUCUGGCAGAUCACGGCAACCCAAAGACCACGAGGUCGGUUACCCCCCUUCUUGCUGUUCAUGCGCGGCUAGGUGAUGUGCGCGAGACACGGCGACAAUUCGAUCGAAUUCCUACAGAAUUUGGUCUCCCGCUGAACACAAUUUGCUGGAAUAUACUGCUUCUGGCGCACACUACUGCCAAGGAUUUACCGGGUGCUAUUUCUACCUUCUCAGAAAUGCGAGAAAAUCUUGUACCUCCGAACUCGUACACAUUUGGCACACUGAUGGGGCUUUUGGCCCAGCGAGGCGACGUCGAAGCUAUCCGUCAAUUGCUCAAAGAGGCGCAGACGAGUCGAGUACAAAUCACGAGGCCAAUGCUUGAUACGGCUGUCCAGGUGUACUGCAGGAAUGGGCAAUUGGGUCAUGCAGAAGCGCUUGUCGCAAGCAGCUGGGAUGUAGCGGUGGGAGGGUCUCCCUUGCGAAUGUGGAAUUUUCUUCUAAUGCGGUAUGCAUUCAGGGUAUCAAAGUUUUCCUUCCGACGUGUCCUUGACCGCAUGGGACGGCUAGGCUUGAAACCGGACGACAUGACUUACGCGGCUAUUAUGCUUGCUUAUGUCUAUGCCAAGCAGGCGGAUCGUGCGCAGACUACUCUCAGGAAAAUGCAUGAAGCUGGUUUGAAACCCACCGAGUACCAUUACUCCAUUCUCUUGCUUGGAUAUGUGAAGCAACGGAACCGCGAUAUGGUGCACGUCAUCUCCCGGGAAAUGCAAACACGCUUCGGUCGAGUUGGGAUGGACGCAAGCUUGUUGAACCUGAGAAUGCAGAUUGCAAGAGACGUGGAAAACGCAAGAGACCUUCGAACUCCCGUUGAAGAUAUCGUCUUGGAGAACGCAGAAAAGACACUUUCUGAAUCAAUCGCACAAUUCAAUGCCAAUCCGUCGCCAGCCAACAGUCGAUUAUCUAGACCGUUAGGGGGCUUUGCUGUUGAGUCUUUCACUGCCACGCACUAUCAACGGCUGGUCGACGCAUACGGCAUCCAAGCUGGCGCCGAAAAGGCACUCCAAACCUUCAACAAUUACAUGCAAUCCAGACGAACUACGGGAUCAUGGGACGGCGAUGAAUUGAAAUCCUUACCGAUUGACUUCAUCAAAGCCGUGAUGAAUGCGUAUUCAGAAACCCGGAACUACGGGAAAGUGGAAGAGUGCUGGAACAGUAUUAUGGCAAGUGUAAGCAGGACAGCUGGUACCUGUGACCUUGACAAAGUCUUGUCUGCACGGUCGCCGAUGUCAACCCUGCCAGCGCCAGCCGAGUCCCCUCUCCCGUCGAUUCUUUCAAUAUCCACCACUCAAGGAGAAAAGCACAAAAUCAUUCCUGCCCAACGCUUCAUCCUGGACUAUCCACUUUCGCUUUACCUUGAAUCCUUGGCUCGCCGAGACAUGUUCGAGAGAAUACAUCAAGUUGUGGCCGAAGUUCAGGCAGCAGGCUUUGCAUUGACUGGUUUCAACUGGUCAACUUACGUCAGAGUGCUUGCGACAUCUAAUAAUUAUCCCGACAAUGUGGAGGCAUUUCGACUGUUCGAAGAGAAGUUCAUUACUCAUUUCCCUGGGUGGUCGUGGUUUCUCAAGGGAUAUGGCGUGAGACCACUCAAUGCCCCCGUGACAAUCCUCCAUCUCGAAGGUCGCUCGGGUAUCACCAAACCUCGCAGGAUGAUGGGAAAAUUAGCCCGAAAGCAUUGGCGCAAAAUCGAGCCCGAUUACAUGCACCCUCAUUAUCCCACCAUGGUGCAACUAGCCAGCACACUGCAACGGCUCCGGCAAACAAGUAUUAUGGAAGGGAAUGAGCAUCUGGCGAAUCUCUACAAAAUUGCUCCACGGACUGUCGACGCCCUUGCCGCGAUGCCAUACGUGCGUGAUAAACAUCAGGGUACAAUCCUUCGCGGCAAGGCAGCAAAAAGCGAUAUCCUCCCACGUCCGACCCACCUGUUCUCCUCACGCUCUGGUGCUCUUGGCCCCACGUCCGAUAUGCAUGAACGCAGCUUUAAUGACGCGACUGAGGAGCCUCUCUUGUCGAGCGAAGACCAAUUCCCCGAGCCUUCCGUCGACAAGUCGAAUCUUACUGGCUUACUCCACAGUAAAAAGCGUGAACACUUGGACUCUUUGGCGAGCAUCCUUCCUCACGAGGACCGAGUUGACCUAGAAACCACACUUCACGAGCAACUCAAUGUGACAACAGGGUGGAAGGAACGAAUCGGGAAUUACAAAGAGGGUAUCGCUCGGGCGCACGAAACCGGGAAUAUCCCGCGCGCCGAUGCCCACAAUCGACGUUUGAACAAGUUGCAAGAUCCCGACAUCAAGAGGCCGACCCCCGAGCGGCAACUGUUCGACAAGGAUAAUCGCAAGUGGAAGCAGGAUACUCCAGCCCACCUCCUCUUUAAGCCCAUUGCUGGGCUCCAUGUGAAACCCGGGCGGACUCCCUCAAAACGAGCGUCCGAGCGAAAAAAAUACAAGGGACCCUGGACGCCCAGGAAAGAACCGGGCGACGACCAUUGA